GUGCGCGCGCUCCCGUACAGCAUCCCUGUGGUCUGGCGAUUGUAGACUGGAAGUGGAAAGGCUCCAUCUCAGCCGGUGGUCAGAGGUUGCGGGCUCGGAGAGACCUCCCCAGAGAAUCCGUGCCCAGGACGUUUUCCCAAGCGUGGGCAGCUGUGCAGCCCGGGCCACCGCCGUGCCGAGCCCGGGACCCACGUCACCCACCCUCGCCAGCUUCGCUUCCUCUCGCCCAGGCGCAGAGCGAGGACCAGGCAUCUGUCUGCGCCCGCUCUGCUCCACGGUGAAAAAAAAAGUGAGGGUACAAAAGCAACACAAAAAGAGACAUUUCCUCAAGUUUGCAUCAAGAUGGAAACCUUUUGCUUUAGUGUGUCUUUUUGGGUGGCACUAGUUGGAUGUGUAAUCAGUGAUAAUCCUGAGAGCUACAGCACAAAUCUAAGCACUCAUGUGGAAGAUUUCACCACUUUUCGUGGGACAGAGCUCAGCUUCUUGGUUACCACUCAUCGACCCACUAAUUUGGCCUUACCCAGCAAUGGCUCAAUGCACAACUAUUGCCCACAGCAGACUAAGAUUACUUCAGCUUUCAAAUACAUUAACACUGUGAUAUCUUGUACUAUUUUCAUCGUGGGAAUGGUGGGGAAUGCAACUCUGCUCAGGAUCAUUUACCAGAACAAGUGUAUGAGGAAUGGCCCCAACGCGCUGAUAGCCAGCCUUGCCCUUGGAGACCUUAUCUAUGUGGUCAUUGAUCUUCCUAUCAAUGUAUUUAAGCUGUUGGCUGGACGCUGGCCUUUUGAUCAUAAUGACUUUGGCGUAUUUCUUUGCAAGCUGUUCCCCUUUUUGCAGAAGUCCUCAGUGGGGAUCACCGUCCUCAAUCUCUGUGCUCUCAGCGUUGACAGGUACAGAGCAGUUGCCUCCUGGAGUCGUGUUCAGGGAAUCGGGAUUCCCUUGAUCACUGCCAUUGAGAUUGUCUCCAUCUGGAUCCUUUCUUUUAUCCUGGCCAUUCCUGAAGCAAUCGGCUUCGUCAUGGUACCCUUUGAAUACAAGGGCGCACAGCAUAAAACCUGUAUGCUCAAUGCCACGUCUAAGUUCAUGGAGUUCUACCAAGAUGUAAAGGAUUGGUGGCUCUUCGGGUUCUAUUUCUGCAUGCCUUUGGUGUGCACUGCAAUCUUCUACACCCUCAUGACUUGUGAGAUGUUAAACAGAAGGAAUGGCAGCUUGAGAAUUGCCCUCAGUGAACAUCUUAAACAGCGUCGAGAAGUGGCAAAAACAGUUUUCUGCUUGGUUGUAAUUUUUGCUCUUUGCUGGUUCCCUCUUCAUUUAAGCCGUAUUUUGAAGAAAACCGUGUAUGAUGAGAUGGACAAGAACCGCUGUGAAUUACUUAGUUUCUUACUGCUCAUGGAUUACAUCGGUAUUAACUUGGCAACUAUGAAUUCAUGUAUAAACCCAAUAGCUCUAUAUUUUGUGAGCAAGAAAUUUAAAAAUUGUUUCCAGUCUUGUCUCUGCUGCUGCUGUUACCAGUCCAAAAGUCUGAUGACCUCAGUCCCCAUGAAUGGAACAAGCAUCCAAUGGAAGAACCAUGAACAAAACAACCACAACACAGAGAGGAGCAGCCACAAAGACAGUAUAAACUAAACAUCUUACGAAACAUUAGUCGAUAUUCCUUCAACUUGUAUUGGAGAAAAAAAAAAUCACACAGCAGCUAUGUCUCCAGAAAGCUCUUCUCCAUUGACUCAGUCCCAGCCCCAGAAAAUGAUUUCCAAAACAUCAUAGUGGACUAGUUUAUACCCACAUAUUCAAUGAAUCUUACUUCUUAAUUUAUCUAAUUUACAUUUUCCGCAUAUUAGAUUCAGGACUAAAAUAUGGUGGGAGUUGGCAAGGGGAAAAGAGACUAUUAAAUGAAACCAGAAAGAUAUAUAGUGCUUUUACGUGAAAAUAAUUUUCAAGUACAUGACUAGCUUUCAUGGCAGUUCUGUCAAAUG